AUGCCAUUGUGUUCGAACUCGUUUUUUUCACGGAUCGUACACGGCCAUAACGAUCCGGGAGCAUCGUUUUUGAGAGCUGCCAGAGCCGGACAAUUGGAUAGAGUUUUGGAAUUUUUAAAUUCCGGAGUCGAUGUCAACACAUGCAAUGCCAACGGAUUGAACGCUCUUCAUUUGGCGGCAAAAGAUGGUCACGUUGAUAUCGUCGAAGAACUCAUUAGACGAGGUGCUAUCAUAGAUUCGGCAACAAAGAAAGGAAGCACGUCUUUACACAUAGCAUCGUUAGCUGGACAGGAAGAAGUUGUAAAAAUAUUAGUCGACCGAGGAGCAAAAGUUAACGUGCAAUCUCAAAAUGGUUUUACGCCGUUGUACAUGGCGGCGCAAGAAAAUCACGAUGGCGUUGUGAAAUAUUUAUUGAGCAAAGGAGCCAGUCAAUCUUUGGCAACCGAAGAUGGAUUCACUCCUUUGGCUGUUGCCAUGCAGCAGGGACACGAUAAAGUCGUGACGGUUCUUUUGGAAAACGACACACGUGGAAAAGUACGACUUCCUGCUCUUCACAUAGCAGCGAAAAAGGACGAUUGUAUUUAA